AUGUUCAACCAAACAAAAUACAAAUUAAGAAAUACGCACACCUGGCGAAUGUGGGCCAUCUACAUGGUCUUAGCUGCAAAUGUCUCUGCAGAGCAAGCCCUGAAGCAGGCUUGUCCUUCGUGCGAUGACACUCAGCUGUGCAACUGCUCUUCCAUGGGCUUGGACUUCAUUCCCCCAGGGCUCACGGGCAAAAUCACAACGUUAAACCUGUCCCACAACAGGAUCAAGCACAUCCGAUCCCAGGAUCUGCAGCAGGCUGUGAACCUGAGAGCCCUGCUGCUGCAGUCCAACAAAAUCAGCUCAAUAGACGAGGACUCGUUUCGCUCCCUUGGGAAACUGGAGCUCUUGGACUUAUCAAAUAACAGCUUGGCUCACUUGUCCCCUGCGUGGUUUGGGCACCUUUUUUUGCUCCAGCACCUCCACCUUCAAGGGAACUCCUACAGAGACCUGGGGGAAAGCUCCCUCUUUUCUAGUCUGAGGAACCUGAGCUCUCUCCACCUGGGCAACUCGCAGUUCUCCACGGUAAGGCAAGGGAACUUUGAGGGCAUUGAGCUUCUCGACAAGUUGUGGAUUGAUGGUGGCAAUCUCAGUCAGUACGAGCCGGGAAGUUUGAAGUCAAUUAAGAAGAUAAAUCACAUGAUCAUAAGCCUAAGAAGAAUUAACGUAUUCUCAGCAAUUGUCAGGGACCUUCUGCACUCUGUCAUUUGGCUAGAAGUGAGAAAAAUCAAAUUAGAGGUUGAAAAUAAAAGCUUGGUGCAGAACUCAACACUUCCUUUUAGGAUACAAAAACUUACUUUUAAAGAUGCUUUGUUCAUAGAUGAAUAUAUUAGCCAGGUAAUUGUAUUACUGAAGGAAAUCAUAUCUUUGCAAGAGUUCGAGGCAAUCGAUUGUGUGCUUGAGGGGAAAGGAAUAUGGGAUACUAAAAAAAUUGCAAGCAGUGGGCAAAAUUUUGUUGAAACAAUAAAAGUAAUAAAUGUAAUGAUUAUGAAUUUUCAUUUGUUUAUGGACCUAAAUGGUAUGGAGUCACAAAUAAACAACGUGAAAAGCCUCACCAUUGUAAGCUCUAGAGUUUUCAUGGUAUCAUGCAAGCUUGCAAAACAUUUUUCAUCACUCCUGUAUCUCGACUUUCACGAUAAUUUGAUUGCAAAUAAUCGCUUAAAUGAGACAAUCUGUGAAAAUGCUUGGCCUUCAUUGCAAACUUUAAAUCUAAGUCAAAACUCUCUAAAAUCUCUGAAACAGACUGCAGAUUUCAUAACUCGUCUACCCAAACUGAUUAAUCUUGACAUUAGCGAGAAUAAUUUUGGUGAGAUUCCAGAU